GGGCUUUUGAAACAGCCUUUAUAUAGGCGAUUCUUAAAAAUACGCGGUGUGCUAGCAACAAACACAAACUAAAGAUUCGAGUAAAUGCCUUGCCCGAUUAAAUCCUUUUUCUACAGAGCCAGAAAUAUAGUCCUUUGUGUAAUUUGUCAUGUGUCUUAUAGGCACUGAAUCGCAGGGAAAAAAAAAUAUUAAUCGUGGAUCCGAGCAACUCUUGAGAUAUCUGAUCAUCUGCAACCCUGACGCGGGGUGGAUUAAAACGGUACCGUUUAAACCAAGGAAACGUUUCAAAAUGGUUACCAACCUGUGAAAAUGUUUCGUUUUACACGGGGAUCAGUUUGCUUGAUGUUCAACAAAUGGCUGGCGAAGACCAUGGUGAAGAAGAGGUGUCUGUCCGACUUCAUGGUGGCGUGUGAGUGGGCAUCCUGCUCCUUCAAGGGCCGGAGCAUGGAGGAGCUGAGCGACCACAUGUCCCUUCACAUGAAGGAGCACCUGGGAGACGGAGACGCCAUCGAAGAGCUCGACGAGUACGCCUGCCUGUGGCAGGGCUGUGAGUUCCUGGCGAUGGGCAGCCCCAGCGAGCUGGUGGUGCACGCCCACUUCCACACCUUCCACGCCAAGCUCAAGUUCAUCGGCACGCAGCUGCUGCAGUUGCACCCGGAGCUGCGCAGCUGCCGGCAGGAUCUCCACGGCAACAACCUGGUGCCGGAGCUGGCAGAGGGAUUCGUGUGCCAGUGGGAGCACUGCGACAGCACUUUCAACAACCCCGAGUGGUUCUACCGCCACGUGGACAUGCACGCUCACUGCACCAAGAGCCAGACCCUGCCGGACCAGCACCAGGUUCUGUUCUGCAGCUGGAAAGGCUGCGAUGCCUUCUUCAAGAUCAAGUACCGCCUGCGGGAGCACCUGCGCAGCCACACGCAGGAGCGCGUGGUGGCCUGCCCCACCUGCGGGUGCAUGUUCGCCAGCAACACCAAGUUCUUUGAUCACAUCCAGAGACAGGCAGUGACAGAGGAGUCCUUUGUGUGCGAGCACUGCGACAAGCCAUUUGCCAACGAGAGGUUGCUGAGAGACCAUGUUCGUCAGCACGUGAACCACAUCAAGUGCCCGCUGUGUGACAUGACCUGCACUACGCUGGCCUCCCUGAAGACGCACAUCAAGUUCCGCCACUGUGACGAGCGUCCCUUCCCCUGUGACUUCUGCGAGAGCAGUUUUAAAAACUCCCACGACCUGCGCAAGCACAUGGAGACUCACAACGAGGGAGCUGCCUUCCACUGCAGUGUGGAGGGCUGCAAGUACUCCUCCCGCAUGGCGCACACCAUGAGCCAGCAUUACAAGAGGGUGCAUGAGGGGGACAGGGUGUCCAGGUACAAGUGCCACCUCUGUGACAAGACCUUCUCCUGGUGCUACACGCUCACCCUUCAUCUGAGGAAGAAGCACGAGCUCAAGUGGCCUUCUGGGCACUCGCGGUUCAGGUACAAAGAGGACGAGGACGGGUACCUGCGCCUCAACAUGGUGCGCUACGAGACGGUGGAGGUCACGGAGGAGAUCAUGAAGAACAUGGCGAGGAAGCGGACGCCGCGCAAGGCGCCGGGCUCGGCCGGCCAAUCCAGGCGCGCCGCCGCCCUCCCCGCUGCCAGUUCACCUUCCUCUUCCAGCCCCUCUUCCUCCUCCUCCUCCUCCUCCUCCUCGCCAGGCAGCGUUACCAUGGUGUCGGAGGACAGUGCCCAGCCCGUGUACUGCGUCCUGAGCAACGUCACUGAGCUGACCCCCAUGCCGGACCCCCCCUCGCUGCAGGCGGGCUCCUCCGGGGCCGAGGCCGCGCUGACCGCAGUGGCCAGGGGGCUGGGGAUAGAGGUCGUCUGACCCUCCGCUCGGGCUCUGCCAGUCCGUCUUCCUGUUAAAGAGCGCCAUCGGACUCCUCCGGCUUUGUUUCGUACACCGUCACUGCCCGGGCAAUCCCAGUCACAGUCGGCUAGUUACGCGGCCCAGGCUCCGACCCCUGAUCGAUCAGCGGACCUCGCUGCCUGGGAAGCCCCCACCCCCACCCCCCCCGGCCGUCUUUUUAAUCCAAUCGGCUCGUCCGCGGUACCGAGACAGCGCCCCCUCGUGGCCGCGCACGGGUUUCAGUCAUGACGGGGUUUUGUCUUCGGAAACGGGCAAGGAACUUGAGGGCUUUUAUCGCACCGCAUCAAGGAACUUUCUGAUCUUGAGUCUCACAAAAGGUUAUAGCAGAUUUUUAAUGGAGUUGCAACGGGACUGCGGGAUGUUUUUAUGAAAGUCGGUUUUUAGAUGGUUUUGUAUUUGAUUUGUGAGGGACUUGUAACGGGCAAGACUUCUGUGUGAUCUCCAGUGACUUCCUCUGUUCCCUCCAGGCGUGAGAUUCCUGAGGCGCGAGCUGGCCCUCUUGAGGAAUCCUGGACUGCUGAGUUUAGCCUACACUGCAGCACAGUGAGAUAUCGCAGAGAUAACAGCCACAUUUACCCCAAGGGUAUUCUUCCAGAUAGUGAGGUUACAGAAAAUAUUGACAAGAAUAGCUGAUAACCUCUAGCUGGAAGAAAAGCAGAAAGAAAAAACAAGAUUUUCAGUGUGGGGUGAACCUCCGUCUGUCUGUGUACAGCUCUCUGCCCGCACUAACGCUAGUGUUUGUGACGUCCUACCAUUAAAAAUCUGACUUUCGCCACUGCUUUUUCUCAGCUGGAGCUGAGCUCGCUAAUCUUCUGCAACAUGGAGGGCCAUUGGAAGAGCGAUCCAGAAGGGUUUUUUAAGUAAUGGUAUUGUCCCCAUGGGUAUUGUUUUUAUCUGCCGGUACUCCCAAGUUUGUAGUCCUUUACAAUGGAUUGUAUUCAUCUCAGGAUCAUGAUGAUGAUGUUGUGCUUGCACUAAAUGGAUAAAAAGCUCAUGUAAUCAUCACGUUACAAGUUGUGUUUUGGUUAUUUAUAAUACAUACCAUUAUCGCUGUGCUGCUGUUUAAGAAGCUAAGGCUCCAAAUGAGAGACCUUUCUGCACAUCAAGCUCAUUUCAUUGCUUAGUGGUCUUGGAUGAUUAAAGGUUUGUGAGUUUUCCUUCCCCUCAUCUGUUUCUUCAAACAACCGCUGCAGGAGAAGAAAGCUCCCCCAUCAGGACACGGGCCAGCCUGGGCCAUGUGUCUCCGUCGGGGGUGACAUCCGCGGCGCAGCGGAAAACUUCCUCCGGCUACGUCCCAGCUAGCCGGAGAGGGGCAGUGAACCCAGGGGGCUCUUCGGCCACCUCCUGGUGGUGUCUGCUGCAGGGCUGGCCUUGGUCUGGAGUCUCUGUGCUAGCAGCUGCUCAUUGGAAUUCAGGCACCGAUAAAGGCGGGUUUUCUGGCUCCAUGGCUGCAGCCCAUUUCAAAAUGGGGACACGUCACUGAAACAAAACACUUCUCACAAGAUAUGUAAGCGGGUCGGUGAGGGGGUGGCGGUCCGGUUUGAAAAGAACAAAUCGGGCUCAUUCUGCACAUCCAGAAUUGUGGUCGGCACUAGGCCCAGGCUGUUCCUAUACCUGUGUGAGGAAGCUACAGGACGCAGUAGGAAUUCACUCUACAGCUGGCCAUCUGCCUGGCUGGAGCACAGAGGCUGUGGUGCAAAGUGUG